AACAGGAACACGGCAGUUCAUCAGGAAUCACGGCUUCAUUCAGCAGGACAGCAGGGAGGAAAAAUCCUCCACGACAGUAGCGGGGAUUCCUCACUGCUGAGGCCGAGACUGGCGCUCCGGCUGCCGUGGCAAGACGCAGGCAGAGCCCGGUAACUCGACGGUGUUCGUUUGGUCGAAGGGACACGGGUGGAGGGGAAGAAGCAGGGAGACAGAUGGAAAGAUGGAGACCCCAGUGUGAACAGUUAAACAAAGCUCUCCUGGAGUAAACUAAGUGCGGAAACUUCCAGAGUCGUUGCCGAGAUGCUGUUUAGUUUUUCAGCCAAGGGGCGCAUCGUCGCCGGCCUGCUGGUCAACCUGCUGUCCUCCAUCUGCAUUGUCUUCAUCAACAAGUGGAUCUACGUGCACUAUGGCUUCCCAAACAUGACACUGACCCUCGUUCACUUUGUGGUCACCUGGCUGGGACUCUACGUAUGCCAGAAAAUGGACAUCUUUGCACCAAAAAGCCUCCCGGUUCGCAGGAUUGUGUGGUUGGCUCUGAGCUUCUGUGGCUUCGUGGCCUUCACCAAUCUUUCCCUGCAGAACAACUCAAUAGGAACGUACCAGCUGGCUAAAGCCAUGACCACACCCGUCAUCAUCCUCAUCCAGACCACCUACUACAAGAAGACCUUCUCCACCAAGAUAAAACUGACGCUGGUGCCCAUAACAUUAGGGGUGAUACUGAACUCGUACUAUGAUGUGCGGUUCAACCUGCUGGGGACCGUGUUUGCAACGCUUGGUGUUCUGGUGACGUCGCUUUACCAAGUGUGGGUGGGGGCUAAACAACAUGAGCUUCAGGUGAACUCUAUGCAGCUUCUGUACUAUCAGGCUCCUCUGUCGUCGGGCUUCCUGCUCUGCGUUGUCCCUCUGUUUGAGCCACUGACUGGAGACGGAGGAAUAUUUGGACCCUGGUCUCUUCCGGCUCUGGUGACAGUGCUGUUUUCAGGUGUGGUGGCGUUCCUGGUCAACCUCUCCAUCUACUGGAUCAUUGGAAACACCUCCGCUGUCACCUACAACAUGUUUGGUCAUUUUAAAUUCUGCAUCACCCUGGUUGGAGGUUACCUGCUCUUCCAUGACCCACUGUCACUCAACCAGGCGUUGGGGAUCCUCUGCACUCUGGCAGGCAUCUUGUCUUACACUCACUUCAAGCUAAUGGAACAGGAGGAGGGGAAGAGUCGCUUGGCUCAAAGGCCGUAGGCUAACUGACCUGUCAAUCAACUGUACAGAUGCUUGCCAUUGGCUGCCCACAGUGUGACUGGAGGAGAGACCUCUUUUUUUAUAUAAAUUUUUUAUUUCAUGAGUAUUUUUGUAGGAGAGUAAAGAAGGAUUAAAUGUUUCUGAUGUGUCGACACAAACUGCUCGCUGAUGUUUAUGUUUUUAAGGGAAACUGAAGCUCAUCACACAGACGGACUUUGGACUGGACUUAUUCAGCUGCUGAAAAGAAAAUUAAACAAACUUACAAGAUCAUUUCAACACUUCCCAACCAGUAUUUCUUACACUUUUCUGCCUGACUUACAUUGCCAAUCAGAAGCUAAUACAGGAUAGACUGAUAGACUGGUCGAUUUUUUUUUUUUUUUCCUGGUUUAAUUUUUUUCUCGUCAUUGGUCUCUUUUUUUCUAUUGAUUUAAAUGAUUUAAUUGUUGAGUGUUAAAGGGUACAGCAUUUCACUUUUCAUUCAGUAUUCCUAACCUUUAUCUUUAUUUUUUCUUUGUUUUUGAGAGAAUUGUGUGAUCAGGAUUGUUAUCACGAUCACCAACAUCCUACAUCUGUUUUAUUUUUCCUUCCAGAGACCAUUUUAGGAGCAUACCUCCAGGAGGUGGUGCGACCCAUUGUUUUUGUUUAAAAUAUACAAACUACAGCCAUUCGCUUUACUGCUGAAUGAAACUCCAAUCUAAUGCUUCCUCAGCGAUGUUUAAUGACAGAAGCCAGCGAAGUCUGAACGGUCGGAUUAAGAUAUUCAAACGUGCGCUCACAUGGUUUGCAGCCUUCGCUCUUCGUUUCACUGCAUUGUGUCGGACAUGUAGUCUGUUGAAUAAAAACAUGAUUUAGUGACUUUA